AACAUUCCAGAGAAAUAGUAGUAAUUUUAUUUUCAGAAAUUGAUACGCGCAUCCAUUAAGGCGUGUUAAUGUUGGUUCACCGUUCACCUGCUUUCUCUACAUCUACUACUAUUUAUUUAACACGUUGAGAGAUAGAGACAUCUCAGUCUCACAAUCAAAGGAGAGAUUGAUCGGGCGAGGAGACUGAGAAAAAGACCCAAAACGACGGCAUCUUAUUAUUAUUUUCAUCCAAACUUGCACGUUAACUCCGGUGUUAAUACGGUCCGUAUACGUAUGUAUAUACGGUCUGUAACAUAAAACAAAAAGAAGAAGAAGGUUUUGGUGUUCGUUAAUAAUUAAUGGAAGGUGUUUUCUUAAAAAUGUCGGUGCAAGGAGUAUCUCCGAUGAUUCCGGUGGGACCUUCUUUGAUACGCGCCAUCGGAGGCUCUGUGAAGGAGGAGGACAAAUCAACGGCUGGAUCUCUACCGCUCAAGAAAACGGUAUCGCGUCGUCCUCUUGAGUUUCUUCGAAUCAUCGGUAAGAGAGCGGAGGAGAAGAAGGGAACGGUUAGAGACGACGGCGCCGUUUUGUUGGAGAAACAGGAGAAUACAAGCGUAAACGAAAACUGGGUUUUCAAGAUUUUGGAGGUUGGAUCAAUUUGGAAUGGAAAGAGACAACGAUCAGGUGGCGGUGGCUGUAACGGUGAAGAAGAAGACAAGGAGGUAGAGGAAGUUGCUGAAUCGAAGACGAAUAAGGAUGAUUUAUGUGAAGAAUGCGAUUUCUGCAUGAUCGAUGAUGAUGAUGACGAAAAGGAGUUUGAUAGAGAAGAGUUCUCGGAGAUGUUAAGUAAAAUUCCGGUUAAAGAUGCACAGAUGUUUGCCAAAUUGUCCUUUUUGGGUAAUUUGGCUUAUUCAAUCCCUAAAAUCAAGCCUGAGAAUCUGUUGAAGUAUCAGAAACUGAGAUUCGUGACAUCCUCCAUUGAGAAGAGAACGAGUCUUAAUAGAGUUGAGGAGAACAACAUCAACAACAAUAAUGGCGAGGAAGAGGAGGAGGAGGAGGAGAAGAAGCUUAUUAACCCAGCUGUUGCUUACAGAGUUGCUGCUUCUGCUGCAUCUCGUCUCUUUUCCCAUUCUAAGUCUGUGCUUCCUUUUGGAUCCUCUAAACGUCAUGACAAUGAAGCUUCUCUCUUGGCCACUGCUGAUUCCGUUACUGCUGUUGUGGCAGCGAAAGAGGAAGUUAAGCAGGCCGUCGCUGAUGAUCUCAAAUCAAAUCGUUCACCUCCUUGUGAGUGGUUCGUAUGCGAUGAUGAUAAAACUGGCACCAGGUUCUUCUUUAUUCAGGGAUCAGAUUCACUGGCCUCAUGGCAAGCUAAUCUUCUGUUCGAGCCAGUUCCAUUUGAGGAGCUUGAUGUGCUUGUUCACAGAGGCAUAUACGAAGCUGCAAAAGGCAUAUACGAACACAUGUUACCAGAAGUUCACGCCCACCUUAAUUCCCGUGGCAAGAACCGUGCUUUUCUCAGGUUUAGUGGACAUUCUUUAGGAGGAAGCUUGUCACUGCUUGUGAACCUCAUGCUUCUGAUCCGAGGUCAAGUCCCGGCUUCUUCUCUGCUCCCAGUCAUCACUUUUGGUUCACCUUGCAUCAUGUGUGGAGGCGACAGGCUUCUUCAGAAACUUGGUCUCCCUAAGAGUCAUCUUCUCGGAAUCUCUAUGCAUAGAGAUAUUGUUCCCCGAGCAUUCUCCUGCAAUUACCCUAACCGAGCCGCUAAGCUUCUCAAGGCAUUGAAUGGAAACUUUCGAAACCAUCCUUGUCUGAAUAACCAGAAUUUGCUGUAUUCGCCAAUGGGGAAGCUUUUAAUUCUGCAACCAUCCGAGAGAUUCUCUCCACCACACCCCCUGCUUCCUCCAGGAAGUGGUCUCUAUCUCUUAGCAUCUAAGAACACCGACGAAACAGAAAAAAGACUAAGAGCUGCAAAGAUUGUCUUUUUUAACUCGCCACACCCCUUAGAGAUUCUCAGUGAUCGUCGUUCUUACGGGUCAGAAGGAAAAAUCAAAAGAAACCAUGACAUGAGCUCUUACCUGAAGGCCUUGAGACAUGUGAUUCGGAAGGAGCUGAAACAGAUAAAGGCCGAACGGGAUCACUGGCGGCGCAAGUUCUUCAUUAUAAACAUCAUAUAUACUGGGAGAGAUUCUUUGAAACUCAUAACAAGAUUUGUCGCAUCAAGAAGUAGUCAACUAGUGAUCAUCUUCUUUCUCCCUAUUAGAUUGUUAAUUAUGAAUGUCUAUGGUGUUGUCUUUCACCAUUCACAAGCACAUUUUAGUUUCUUCAAGUGAAAAGCUUAGGCCUAUUCUGUAAUUGAAUCUAUCACACAUAUAGCAAAUUCUUUUCUUUCA